UUUCUUCAGAGGGAUUAACAAGAGCUUUAUAGCUAGCUAGCUUAUUUUACCAACAUGGCAAUCAGUACUCCUCUUGUUGUGAUAGCCUUUUUCGUUGUUUUUCCGAGCAUGGUUUUGGCAAAACAGUAUGUUGUUGGAGAUGAUGAAGGCUGGGAUGGUAAUGUUGAUUACCAAGCGUGGGCAGAUGACAAGACUUUCAAACUUGGAGAUGUUUUAAUAUUCAAAUACGAUGCUGGUAGCCAUAACGUUGCUCAAGCGUUUAAUGCUGAUGGCUAUGACAGUUGUACUUCAUCACCAGAAUUGGGUGUGUACACCAGUGGCAAUGACGCUUUAACUUUCAAUCUUGUUGGGAGCUAUUAUUUUUUAUGUGACUAUCAUUGUGACUCUGAUCAACACAAAGUUAUGAUCAAUAUUGUUACAUAGAUCUCGGCCUCCGGAUCAGCACCCGUUGAAAAAUUCAAAAGAAAUUUAUUUGAGAUCUAAUUAGUCCUAGAGAAUUAUAUGUUUAAGUAAUUAGUAAUUUUAUUUUUUGACAUUAAAAUUUCUAUGUUGGACAAACCAACUUAUGAUCGAUUUCCUGACUAGUAGUCUUUUUUUUUUUUUUUUUUUGAA